ACAUAACCUAACUUUUCUACUUCACUCUUCACUCCUCUCUCGACACCCUCGACCCCCUCAGUUCCUUGACCAAUUUUACCAAAUUUAGCAGUCUUUCUAUUUAUGACCAUUGUUACUAUUAGAUCCAUUAUUUCGGCUUGUAUCGUGUAUUGUAAAAAAUAUCCUACCUGAACAACACCCAAUCAACAUCAUCAUACAAAUGGCACGAACUGCUACCUAGUUUGAGAACCAAGCAGGGGCAACAGACCCGUGCUCCAAGCGUUCCAGUGGAUCGGGUUGGAGCGGAUUGAUCCCUCUUCUGAAAUGGGUUGAGAUCGCGUUCCAAUGUGAUCCUAGCAUAACUCGAGAAGGAAUUACUGGAGUUCAACUCAAUUUCUUCACCAUGGUCGAAAGUUGCCAGGAUGAUUUCCUAGCCCAUUACAAGUUCAUAACUGGAAAAUUAAAGAAGAAGUUUUUAAGGAAACCAAAUGUCGCAGAGUCAAGUGAGCAAUUCGCAAAUUUGGCAAAUCGCUGCAAAGAUGAUGAACUUCCGCAAUAUGCAGGUUUGUGCUGGAUGGCUGUGGCCAAGUGUGAAGGGUCACUGGAAAACCGGACAGAGGAGGCUGCUGCACUGAUCAAUGCAAGCAAUCAAUUCCUUGUUGCAGAAGAAAAACUCUUAACCUGCCAUUGUGUCAGUCCUAAUCUGGAGCAUUUACAAGCUGCAGUGAGUUGCAUGAAUCACGCACGUCUGAAAUGGACAAAGGACUUGCCUCUUAUGACUGGACUUACUAUUCACACAGGAAAGACUCUGGAGCAAUUUGGACUUACAAGUGAGGCGUCUCUUUAUUAUAGCCGUGCUGCUGAUCUUCAAAGCGAAUAUCCUAACCAGAAACUUGAGUCCCUUUUUCUUUUGGCAACGGCUAGAAUCAACUCAGGUGACUAUGAUGGUGCAUUGAUAACAUAUAAUGAAAUAGCAUCAAUAGCCAGCCACUUUGUACCUUUUGGCACUAACUUAGACACUCUAGUCAGAUGUGAAGUGACGCGGAUCUUGCUUCUUUUAAUUAUGAAACCAGCUCCACAUCGGCAUGCUCCAACCAUGCUUGAGAAGUACACUUGGAUUGGGGAUUCCUCAAAGUCUCAAGUUCCAUGGAUGUCUGAGGAGCUCUUCUUCUUUCUACAAUCUCUAGUCAUGUCAUGCCAAUCUCUUGACUUUGAAGCUUUGUUAGAGACGGAGAAGGAGCUUUGGCCUCUUCUGUCAGCAGAACAAAAACAGCUUUUGCGUAUCCUUGUCCAAUCAACGGCCAGAAUAUGAAAGCCAUCCAACUCUGUACUACUUUUCCAGGAUUUUGUUUCCAUAUUUUUUAGCCAGCUCCUUGCUUUUUGCUUGCUAACAAUGGACUUUGUUCUCGUGGGUGAUACGUACAGCCCUUGCUGACGACCGAAACCUAAAGUUAGUGCAACUACAGAGUAAUUUAAUUAUUGUCAGAAUAAUGAUAUCAUCCUCAUUCUGUAAGACAAAUUGACUUAACUGAGAUCUGGUGUGAAGUUGAUCUAAUUCUUUUUCAGAAUGACUUUUUUCAAGUUUUAACAGAUUAGAGUUUAAUUUCAACUCUUUGAUUAUGAAUGAUGAUAAUUUAAAUUAUGAACUAUAUCCAGUGACAAAGGAGUUUUAUUUUCAUUUGAGUUUUAAGAUUUAGCUCAAAUGCAAAGAAAUCAAUUUGAAAAAAUCAUGGAAUUUUUUGAUGUCGUAAAAUUCUGACACUUCCAACUCUCAAAAAUCAUUACAAAUACUUAAAAAAAAUUCUAAAUUUUUUUAAUGUUUCUUCUACCUUACAUGAAGUCAAAACCAUUCAAUUUACUUCUCUUUAAAAAUCCUUGUGUUAAGAUUUAAGACUGUCACUAUUUUAGGGAGUUCAGAACCUCAACUUCAGAGGAGAAGCUCUGAUAGAGGUAAAUAUCUACUCAUGAAAUUUUAAAUAAUUAAUCAUUUCUUUUUUUCAACAAAAAUAAUCUUGUUGGCAGAAGCUUAUUUUUUUUUUUUUUUAAAAUUUUGGGAUGAACCCAAUUUUUUCUAAACUAAUUAGAUCACAAAACAAUCAAUUUCAAGGUUCUACUUUGUAACAUAUGAAUCCAAUAGCAAGUAAAAAAUUAUUUAAAUCAGAAUUUUAACCUUUAGAGGACCGUUGGAGACCAUACAACGUUUUGUUAAGCUCACAAACAACACUUUUACGAUCAACAUUUUGAUCCAUAAGAACACCCUCAGGCACUUCUAUGGAAGCAGGUUUGUCCAAUACACUGUUAAGAAAAGCAGUCUUGACAUCAUGGUAUUGCUUACUCAUUCCAAUCUCUACUACAAUGGAGAACAGGGCACGAAUUGUCACCAUGUGGGCGACUGUCGAAUAUUUAUCCAAGACAUCUUCUUGUUGGUAGCCUUGUGUAACAAGUCUAGCAUUUUCACUCGAUCACUUGUCUUCCCUAAAAAAAAAACCCCACUUGCUACCAAUGAUAUUUGCAUCCCUUGAUCUAUUGGGUAAAUUUUCUUGAAUUUUUAGUUUAGAAAAUUUUUAAAUCAUGAAGGAUGUAUAACAGUUUCAACGAAUUACAUACAUUGUCUUUAAUUGCAUCGUAUGAAAUUCCAGCGGAGAUUCUGGGACUAUGCAUCGGAAAAGUCCCGUUUCUGCACCUGGCACUUCAGUCAUUCACUUCAAAUUAAUAGUGUUAACUUUUCGAACAAAAAGAUUUUAAUCUGAUUCUUCAACAUCUACAAACAAUCUAGGAAAGUCUCCUUAUGCUGACACUUCUUCUGUGAUUUGUUUCUCCCGUUUAUCCUCAUUAUUUCAAUACAAUGUAUUUCUUUUAUAA